UGGUGGAAUGGUGGUGGUAGUUUGCCUCCACUAUCCCACAUGGUGUUUAUUUUUUUAAUUUUGUAAAUCCAAUAUCACUCGGUUCUCGGUUAUUGAUAUUUUUUCUAUAAAAUUUUAUUUUCGGUAUACCUAUGUUUGAAUAUUAGUAUAUACAUAUAUAUAUAUAUAUAUAUGGAUGUUUGUAUGUUUGUGUGUUUAUGUAUGUAUCUACAUAAUAUCAAGAAACGAAAAAUUGUUGCUGAUUAUUUUCUGUCCGUUCACACACACCCACAUAGGAGAUUAUAUUUAUUGAAAGUGAUUUUUUUGUUGGGCUACAAAUAAAUUAUGAAGAAAAGUGUUUUAGUUCGACUAUGUGUUAUUUAGUGUAAAAUAUUAAAAUUGGUCCGUACAUAAUUCCUUAUCUUUUCUCUUAUAAAUUAAAAAAGCAACUGGAUGGAAAAAGUUAAAGUUUAAAUUUGUACUUGAAGACGACCGGCAAACUCGUCGUGGUGGUGUUUAUUUCGUUUUUUUUAAAUGACUGUUGGUUUCUUUUAAAGUUCUUCACAUUUUAUUUGGAGUUUAUUUUUUUGUGUUAUGAGUUGGUUUGGUAGUAUCCUGAAAUACGUACCAAAAAUAUACAUAUACACAUUUCUCAAUUCUAUAAAUAAUAUGCAUAUGUACAACGCGCUCUAUAAAUUUUGCAUUUAGUUCUUUCCUCUGAAGUUUACAAUAUUAAAGAUGUUAUUUGGGUGAAAGAAAAUAGAACUUACUUAUAAUUGUCCUUUGUAAAUGAAGAAUAAUUUUUUUUUGUAAUAAAAUAAACUAAAAAAACUGAAUAAAAUUGGAUACAUAUUCAACAAAGAAUUGCGUCAUUAAACAUAAAUAUAAAUUCUAUCAAACAUCUGGAACAAUACACAAAAUUGAUUAAUUGUGUAAAUUCUCAACGCUUUGUCUUUCAUCCCUCCCUAUAAAAAUAGUAUACAAAAUUUACUCUUGAAAUAAAUUAUUUAAAAAGAGCUUAAACUAUAUAUCCCAGCUUUGCCAUUAUUAGCCAUAUUCAUAAGAAAAAUAAAUAAAAUAAAAACAUUUUUGUUCACUGUAUCAGCCAAAACUCCUGUCGCCUAAGCCAGUAGAACUUUCUUAAAACAAAGUUGUAUGCAAAAGUGAACUAAAGUGACUAUCGCUUAACAAGAAAACUACAAAAGGAAUUAAAGCCGCCGGGUAUUCUUGUAAUUGCUAAGUUCAGCUUUGCUUUUACAAUUGUGUUUCUGCGCAACUCCCUAAAUAGAUUAUGUGAUUUUAAACAACAGAAGUAAAAUAAAAACAAAUAUAAUAUUUCAAUUUUAUGAUUGCCAUCUGAUAAUCCUCACAAACAGAUGAAUCUUAUUAAAAAAACUGACGUAUCUGAUUAAAUAACAAAAAAAAAUUAUUUAAAUAAAAUACAUAAAUCAACGAAUUGUUAUUAAAAUAUUUACACACAAACAUUUUAUUUAUUUUGUUAACUACGGGAAACGUUUCUAGUCCUUUAUUUUGCCAUACAGUUAUAAGUUUCUCACUUAAAUCACAAUUAUUUGUUUUUGUGUAGAAGUAAAACUUUAAAAAUCAUACUUUACACUAAAACAGCAGUAUACUGACAAAUUAACAAAAACGAAUAUAUUUGCCUGAAGGAAAUUGCGUUAAAAAAGGGAUUGAGUUAAGAUCUAAAAACAAAGGAUUUUAAUUGAAUAAACACUAACAAAGGAAUUAUAUAGUACAUCGUCUUUUUACAUCGAUAACAAAUUUUGUGAUAUAUUUAAAAUAAAACAAGGAAACCUAAAAGAAUAUAUUUGAAGGACUAUUAUAAAAAAAUAAAACAAAUCAGUAACUUCAUUUUGUUUUUCUGAGUGGAAUUUAAGUUUUUGUAUUGUAUAAAAUUUUAAAUGAAAAGUGAUUAAGUGAUUCGCCGCGCAUCUGAAAAUAACAAUAUAAUCAAUCUUAAGACAUCUACACCCAGAAAAAACUUCAACGAAAAAAGUUGACAAAAUGGCUGCAAUGGUUAACAUGAACAGUCUUCUGAAUGGCAAAGAUUCGCGAUGGCUACAAUUGGAGGUGUGCAGAGAAUUCCAAAGAAAUAAAUGCUCUAGACAAGAUACGGAAUGCAAAUUUGCGCACCCACCAGCUAAUGUUGAAGUACAGAAUGGAAAAGUAACUGCAUGCUACGACAGUAUUAAGGGUCGCUGCAAUCGUGAUAAACCGCCAUGCAAAUACUUCCACCCCCCACAGCAUCUCAAAGAUCAGUUAUUAAUUAAUGGAAGAAACCAUCUUGCCUUGAAAAAUGCACUAAUGCAACAAAUGGGAAUUGCACCUGGACAGCCAGUUAUGGCUGGACAAGUUCCAACAGUGGCAACAAAUCCUUACUUAACUGGUAUUCCAGCAAACACGUACAGUCCAUACUUUGGUCCCGGACACCUAGUGCCUACAAUAUUAGGACCAGAUCCGUCAGCAGUUGCAUCCCAAUUAGGUCCAGUUGUAUCACAAGCAGUUCCUGUUACACAGCAAAAAAUUCCUCGAUCCGAUCGAUUAGAGGUUUGUCGCGAAUUUAUGCGUAGUGCCUGUAAGCGAGCCGAAUCAGAAUGCCGUUUCGCACACCCUCAGGACAGCGUAACCACACAUGAAGACGGUUCUGUCACGGUAUGCAUGGAUGCCGUGAAAGGUAGAUGCGCUCGUGAUCCUUGCCGCUACUUCCACCCCCCUUUGCACCUGCAGGCACAAAUAAAAGCAGCGCAAUCUCGGGCUACUGCGAACGCACCUGUUUCUGCUGCUACUCAGACACAUCCCAUCCCAACGCCUGGGUCUGCACAUCCACCAAAUGCUGUUGCCAUUGGCCAUCCACUGGAAGUGGGCAAGAAACGCGCAGCUGAAAAUGAUAUGUUUCAACUGAUGGAUGUAAAAACGGUUGGUUCAUUUUACUAUGAAAAUUUUGCAUUCUCUGGAAUGGUUCCCUUUAAACGGCCUGCUGGUGAAAAGUCGGGAAUACCCGUGUAUCAGCCUGGUGCAACAACCUAUCAACAACUAAUGCAACUGCAACAACCAUUCGUACCAGUGUCAUGUGAGUACCAAAGUCAAAAUCCUUCAGCUACAACUGCAAUUCCACAACCACAAACAUCCACCACGGCAAAUCCAAUUAUCGCUAAUAAUAAUACCAAUAAUCAUUCAAUGAUAAAUAACAACAACUUUAUUUUGAAUAAUUUAAAUCAUUUGAAAAACAACAAUAAGAUAAGUCAAGUAAAUUUGAAUACUGUUCAUAAUAGUAUGGCUAGUAACGGUAUGUUGAGUAUUAAUAACUUAAACAAUAAUGCAGUAAUUGUACCAUCGUCAACAAAUACUAUAGCUAUAGCGGCAACAAAAAUUAGUAAUAGUAAUAAUAAUAACGUGUAUUCUCUAAAUAACAAUAAUAUUGGUAGCAACAAUAGUGGUUCUCCUUUAGUAAAUAACAAUUUAACUAACAAAACACUUUUAGAUUCAAUAUCAACUGGUAGCACACCUACAACACAAAUCCAAUCAUCUUCUCAUAACACACUUACUCCUUCAUAUUCAUCCUCUUCCCCUUCAGUAUCCACAGUAGCAGUACUUACAACCGCUGAUUCAGCAUUGACAAACCCUGCCAAUGUUUCGGCUUCAUUAUCGUCAUCAUCAAGUAGCAUAUCUACCCAAAUGUUGAUUAGCGCACCACAGUUGAAUACAGAUAUACAAAUAGCCAGUGGUGACGAAACAGAGGAUUUUAAAGAGGAAGUCCAUAGUGAAAAUACUACCAAUACAACGAGUAGUUCCAAUGACACAGUAGCUAAUGAUUCUGCUUCUAUAAUAACUCCUUCAUUGCCUAGCUCAAUGAUAAGUAGCAACCCUACAACUACACAUAACAUAACUACAACUACCACUUUUCAAGGUAGCCCAGAAACUCAGUUGAAAACCAGUUUGUUAAAAUAUGAACAAGCCAAUAGCAAUUUGGGUAUAACUUCAACAACUUCUUCAGCUGAUGUUUUAUUUUCAGCUCCAUCUACCCCUAGUAUUUCAUAUUCGACAAGUACUCAAAGUAGAUUGUAUACGGCACCGCAUUCAUAUGCAAAUGUUAUGGUUUCACACCACGGAUAUACCCCUGUUUCUUCAAGUGCUACGUCAGCCGUACCUAUUGCAUAUUCAACAGCACCUUCAGCUUAUAACUACACUUCCUACCCUACACAGUCUUAUGCUUCUCAGCCCUAUCAAGCUCAGUGUUAUCCAACAAACAGUUAUUAUGCUGAUGCUGCAACUAUUGCUAAGGAAGUUGCUCAAAAGAAUUAUGCGAACGCUGUUAAAAUGGCUGCUGCUUCAAAUGCUCUUUCGGGAAAACCUUUAACGGCAGCUAUUAAUUAUACAGGACUUCCUCUAAACAAGACUUAUGUAGCCCAAAACCCGGGAGCUGCCGUUGCUUUUAACCAUCACCAACAACAGCAGCACGCUGUUGCUGCCGCAGCAGCUCAAGCUGCACAGGUAGCUGGACUUCGCAUCAGUUCUCAUAACGUUGGGAGUACCUUAGGCACUGUCCCAGUGUCAACACCAAGCUUGCUUCCUAGACCACCAACUGGUUAUUUACCAGCGUCGCAAAUGAUGCGAGCUCAACCUAUGUCAAUGGCUACAGCAGCCACCACAAACCCAUAUGCAGCUGCAGCAGCCGCAGCUGCAAAUCAACAAUACUUACAGCAGCAACAGCAACACUUUUUCUAUCCGGGCAUGAUGGCUGGAUACCCUUACCCAAUAGCAGCAUCUGGUGUACCCGGUUUGACAACUACCGGUGGAAUGCCUGCUAUGCCAACCCAAAUGCAGGCUGCGCAAAUGGCACAAAUGAAUCAAGCAGCUGCAGCAGCUGCUCAAGCAAAUGCUCAAGGCAGUGCAGUUGUAUUGAAUCCAUACAAGAAAAUGAAAACGUCCUAAGAUGUAAUGAUGUGUAAUGUGUAUCCAGUACUUUGGUCGAGAAAAAAAAUUUAUAUUCUCAUAACUUCAAAGCCGAUACCCAUAGAAUAGUUUAGAUUUUUAGAAAAAGCAUGUGCCUAGAGUGGAAAAAUUGUUAUGAGUAAAAUUUUAAGGAUCUCUGAAUUGAUUUCUCUAAAAGAGAAGGGAGGACCUUUUUGAAACUUUUUGACGUAAAAUUUUUUGGAUAAAACUUAAGAAAAUGUAUAAGAAACUAUCUUGAAAAAAAACUAUUUUACAGUUAAUGAAAACAAUUAAUAUUUUCUAAAAAAUCAACAUAAAUACAUAUUCGUUAAUUAUACCUAUACCUAAACUGCUUUCUUAAUAUUUUUACAAAUUGAUACAUUUACCUCUGUAAGCUGUGUUGAAUAUGGAUAUCAUUUUCUUGUUCUUCUCUAGGGUCCUUAUUAUAAUAAUUUUCGACCGAAUUGACAAUUUUUGUAGUAAUACUACAUUAUUGUAGAAGUAAUUGUAGUAACUAUACAAAGCAAUAUAAUUGCCACAUAACCCAACUUUAUUUAUUUUGUUGAUUUAAAAAAAGUACAAUAUAAAUAAACACACAUGGCGUUUGAAGUCUACUCGUAGUUUUCUUGUAUUUUAACAGUAUAUGUAUGUCAUCCUAAUUCAUGUUCCUUAAUGACUUACAAACACGUCAAGGUUCCUCCCUGAUUCAGAGUCUAGAUUUCUUAAAAUUUAGAUUAUAUAGAUACGAUUAAUAGAAUUAAAAGAAACAUUACUAAUGGGAUAGCGAAGUACUGUGAUAGCUUCAACAACUAAUAUCUUGUCGCAUUCAAAAAACAAAUACCUACUUGGGGUCUGCAAGCUUGUUCCUUUUUAACGGCAUAAUGAUGAAACAUCCUAUACAAUACCUGCUGGAGAACAAAAUUAUGUUAGAAACAAAUCACAAGUUGUUAUUAAAACAAUAAAAUUAAAUCAGUAAAACAGUAGUAACAAUAUAAAAUAUAAAAAUGUAGUCCAUAAUAUAGAGCUAGGAUUUGAUUUUUGGUACGAAUUAUUUUAAGUCUCGUUUUCCUUGCCCUAAUAUUAACUUAUUUUAUUUUUUCCUAAUUAGGUUACAUACUAUUAGAUAACAAUGUAUGCAUUCAGUGUUUUUUUUUUGUAAAAAAUAUUUAUGAAACAAACUUAAUGUAGAACACUUAUGUAUAUAACAUCAAUGAGAACAAAACAUUGAAGUUAUAUUAGUAUAGAUUUUUAUAGUCAUUUUAUGUCCUUAAUUUUAGACCUUUUAAAGGGAUUUUUAAAUAAUAUUUUAAAUACCAUUGUUAGAACUACUACAGUUCCUUAAAAGAAAAAAUAAUUGUUAAUUUUAUGAGUUUUCUUAUUUGUUGUGUACCAUUAGUUUUAUUUUUUUUUUGUUUCUUUAUUCUUUAUACCUAUAUUUUUUCUGUUCGAUGUUUUUUUAAUUAACUUAAGAUCUCGUGUGUUUCAAUUAAAUAUUAUUGUUAAUUUUAUAACUUAAAUGUUCUAGAAAUGUUUGACUUUUUUGUGUCUACUAUCUCUUAACUUUUUGUUACAUUUUGCAUUUAUUAUUUAAUGAAUUGUAUUAUUUUGUAUAUUAAUUUAUCAAUACAGAUGUAUUCAAAUAUAGGUUAAUUUUCAAAAAAAAGCCUUAAAUGUCUUUUCUUAGUAGUUUACGCCAAGGCUAUGGAAAGUAUAUUAUUCUACUGUAUGCAUUUUUUGCCUUUCUUUUUUUUUAAUUUUACACCUUUUUGCUAAUAUUUUAUUUAAAAUACUUUUAAUUAAACCUGAACCGCUAUACGAAAACGCUUUUUGGAUGCUUUUACAAAGUUUUUAUUUUUAAUAUUUAUUUUAUUUUAAUAUAACAUACUUGAAAAGUGAGGUUUUUGAGGAAAUGAGCUAAACAAUCAAUGCCAACUCGUGCCUAUAGAAAUUUCGUUAAAUAAGGAAAUUUUUCUCUUUUUAUUUGCGUAAAUUCUAUGUUGCUUGAUUUCAAUGAAAUUUUUACGUAAUUAUUGAUUAACCUUAUCUUAUUUCGCAAAAGUUUACCCUUUACUAUUCUUAAAUCUUAAACAAUUCUUUGAAUUUAUUUAAAUGUCUUUAAUGAUUAUGAAAAAUAAGUCUUCAAUAUAGUAUUCCUCCAGGGACCUGUACAAUCUUGUCAUACAAUCUCAACAGUCUUCAUGAUUUCCGUUUUCGACCCAAAAGUAAAACAAAAUAAUGUGUUUUUCGGACCAAAUUUACAGUUUAUAUCUAAAUAUUUAGCUAUUGUGGGAAACGGAUUAAGAAUUAUGUAUUCCAAAAAUAAAUUCGUACCACUGUAAAACUUUAUUUGUCCUAGCUGAAGUCCGUCAAUACAAAACUUGUCUAACAAAAGUGCAUCUCAAAUUAACCUCCAUAUAACGCAAAAGAAGAAUAUUAUAAAUCAUUUUAAUUCAAACCUUUUAUUAUCCUAAGACCUCAUGACUUAAGUAUAGACAUUAGUACUUUUUUAUAUGUUCACGUCUUGCUAAGAAUGAUAGCAAUGGGUAGUCUUGUGAUACACAACACGAUCUCCUAUUACUCGAAAUAUGAACGUCUUACACCGACAACGUACAUAAUAUAUUAUUAUAUAUAUUGUUUCUAUUCGGAGGCGAUUAGCUAUAUCUCAUUUAUUUGGUUGGACGCUGUCAAUCAAACCAACAACCAAACAAUUCUUUGAGUGAAAUAAGAAGAUGCACAAAAAAACAAAUACUAUUCAUUAUCGUUCCCAAAAUUAUUAAUUACUCCCAAUAACUCUUCGAUUAAAAAAAAAUGUCUUUAAAUCCUUAUGUCGGCCCAUGUGCUGAGCCUUAAUAUGUAAAACUGAUAAAAAUAGAACCAAAACAAUUUUUGGGUCACUAUUAGCUACAAGGUAUGUUUAAUAUUUCGCAGGCAUAAAACCUGAAAGUAAUGUACAGGUCCCGUUUAUUCCGUCCAUGGUAAAAGAGCAUUAAAUUUUGAUGUUUGUUACAAAUUAUAUCCUUUUGAAAGCUUUGAAAAGAUCAAAACAGAAUUGUCCAACUGAACUCAAGUUUUUAUAGCCAUUUAAAUAUUAUUAGUUUAUUAAUUGAACUUUGCUAACAAAAUAAUACACACAUUUAUUUAUACCUACUUAUCAACGCUUUUGUCUUUGCGAUGAAAACCAAUACAACGCAAUGGAAUUUUGAUUUUUUUAACUCAAUUUUAAGCAUUAUUAAUUAUCAGAUUCAAAAACUCAAUGUUAAGGAUCAAUAUUUGGAACUCAAAGAGCUUAAGUAUUGUUAAAGUAUGUAAGUGAGUUACAAAAUAAUUAAGUUUCAUUAAAUUUAUUGAUGCCUUAUUGGGUUGAAUCGGUUUUCUCCUGGACCAACGAGAACAAUUCGGAGGCUGCAUUCUGCAACCUCUUUGUUAAAUUAACCCUACAAAAUUUUUUUUAGGUUAAUAUUAUAGGUUAAAGGGCUGGAUUUGGUCCACAUCUUAUUUUUACAAAAUUCGUAAGACAUAGUUCUAUCCCCUUGGAUUGUUUUGAACACUUCCAAUCAAUUUAAUUUUUUACUCCCAUUACAUUACUUAUAAUAAAAUUACCUGCAAAUUUUGUAAAUAAAACUUAAUGUCAAACAAGUAUUUUUUGCUAAAUUGAACUUUGUAGAAGCAUUUACUAAAUCGGGUUGCGAUAUAAAAUUAAAGACGGCAAAAAAAUCACAUAAAAGCAAAUGUCUUCCAAAAACGAAAAUUUAAAAAGUAAGAAUUAGGUACUGUUAAAUAUAUACAAAAAAAAUACUUCAAAUUUUAUAUACUUAUUUUUGUUUUUAAUCAAAAGCCUUUGCAAUUUUUACAUUUAAAUUAACAUAUGUACAUGUAUCGUGAAUCAGGAAAAAAGGCAUACAUUAUUUAAGUUAUUAUUAGUUUGUGAUACGUUUAUUUUUAUAUCAUUUAAUUUACUUUAUUUUUGAUUGGGUUCAUUUUUUUGGAACGAAUAGACUUGGUUUGACGACCCUAGGGUUUAUAUUAGUUAUAUUUACAAAUACAUAUAUACUUAUAAUAUAUUAUACGUGAGUUUCGAGUUACCGAGUUUUAGUAAUUUAAUAUGUAAACAAAAUAAGAGUUAAAACAAUUACAAUAAAUAUAAACACCACGUAUUAUAUAUUUUUUAUAAAAUAUGAUUGUGUUUAAAAAGUGUUAUACAUAUUCAACUUUUGAGAACUUUAUAAAUAUAUAUAAUAUGGAGUACGUUUUAGGGAAUAUUUCAAACAAAUUAGUGUAAGAUUUUUUGUCCAGUAAAAAUUGAAAAAGAAAAGUAAUGCAGUUAAAUUUCAAAGUGACUAUUUGAAAAGUAAAUUCAAAAACAAUGAUAACCACAAUAGAUUAUUACGUUAUAAAAACUACAUUUGACUUAUUGCCUAGGUGCUUAGAUAUACAUUAUAAUAAAUUCGUCCUUUUUGUGUAGUAACUAAAAACAAUGCAGGAAAGUAUUUUUUUUUCAAAUGCUUAAAAUAAUGUUAUAAACAACAUCCUUUGAAAGUUCGGUUGUCUGUUCUAAAAGUCACGGUUGAAUUGAUUUAUUUUGUUACCGAAUACAUAAUGUAAACAUUUUGUUCUUGUCCAAUAUAAUUGCUUUUAGAUAAAUUGCUUAACUAACGCUUUUUACCCCCAGUCAUUUAUUUUUUUUUUCUUCACUUAAUUGUACUUAAGUAGCCCUCGUUUAUAACUCUCAUGAAAUUUCAUCAUAAUUGACUCAAUAGGAGACAAACUAUAUUUUCUGUUGAUUAAGUGGUUGUAUGAUAAAUCAAAUUAUGCACACAUAAUUCCAUAUUGGGAAAAAUAACUUUAAGGAAUAUUUUAUGUAAUAAAACCAUUGUACAAAAAAAGAGAAAAAAAGGUAAAGGAUAUAAGAGUGUCUGGUACGCUAGGAUAAUUAAACACUUUUUCAAAGCUAUGAUAUUAAUAUUAUUUAAAAAAAUCUAUAGUUUUAUUAACAAUUCAAUUCACAAUUCACUCUUAAAAAGUAACCACGAUCUGAAUACGCAUUUAUUUUAAUUUUCGCAUUACUUAAUUUCUACACUAAAUGCAAUACUUUAUAAACAAUAUUUUUCGCUUAAUUGAGCAUAAUCUUACUAAACGAAAUCAGACCUUUCUUUAAAAAAUAAAUAAAAUGUCCUUGGAAUGUAUGAAUAUGAGUCAUCAAAACGUAUUAUGUGUCGUUAUUUUUACUACGCCAAGCUUAAUUUUAGAAAACAAUCUGUAUAGCUUAAAUGUAGUACGUACUGCAAAACAUUGAGGUUAACUUAAUACAAACAUUUUUCAAAUCCACGAGUAAUCUUAUUCAAGUAACUUUUGUAAUGACUAUGAAAUUGUUUGACAAUGAAUGCUUUUACAGCACACCCUUCAUGAAAAUCCAACGGUUUCAUUUAUACAACUCAACGAAAGACAGUAUUUAAGAACUGCCGACUGUUAAUGGAUUAUUUGUUAAAACAACUUCAUUAACAUUUCCAAAAAAAAUAUUUACUGGACUAAAAAAAGUCCGUUUCCUGCCCGGAGAUUAAUUAGGCUAUUUGUCUAUUGUUUCGAAAUUUAUCAAACAAUAAAUCCUAUUUUUAGAUUUUAUUUCUUGUAUUUAAUCAAAAAUUAAUAAAAUAAUUGGGUAAGAGAAACAAUAUUAGUUAUUAGAUAAUGUAAAAUAUUUAUAAAAAUAGUUGUUUUUAUUUUUUUAUUAAAUUUGAGCUUGAAGAUUAUAUUUUCCGCACCUAGUGACAAAAACAAUUUUAUUAUUAAAUUUAAAAAGAUCAUGCCAGAAAGAAUGUUUUGCUUUAAGAAAUUUGUAUCUUUUCAAUUUUUUUAUAUUGUGUGUCAACUCACCUUUCCCACAAUUGUUCCUCCCACCAAGACUCUAUUUGGUUCAAUUUUAACUCUCUAACGAAACCGUACACCAUUAGAAUAAUCUUACUUUAAACUAGUAUUGAUUGUAAAUACCUUACAAUUGUGCAACCAGCUAGUGUACAGUAUAGUGUAGUACAGUGCAGGUUCAUGAAAAACUGAUGUUAAAAAUAAUAAUACAAAAUUAAAAUCAGUAUAAGUAAGAUUACAGUAAUAAUUAAAAAAUAAAAUUUUAGAAGUAAAUUAUUGAAAUUAUGUAUCUUUCUUAAUUUUUUACCUACUUUCCUCCAAAUUUAAUUUGGCACUUAGAGAACACUGAAAUACCAUAGAUUCCUUCUCUAAAAGGGAGUAUUAAUUCAUUUUUUAAUUAUAAAAUUUUAAACGUAAACACUAAGCGCGCAAAAUUCAUUUGUUUUAAUUUUAUUGGCUUACAAAAUAUAAUCGAACAAUGCCAUCAACCAAUUUUGAAAGUUUUCACCAGCCUGCACUAGCUCAAAAUGUAGUGCAAAAUAUUCAGAAUAUAAAGUACACUCAUUCAGCUCAACGAACGAAUCAGUGUAAGUCAGUGCAGAAAUGUACGCUAUGAACACCAAAAAGCUUCUGCCCAGAGUAGUCCAUUGCAACAUAGCUCUUGCAUCAUAGUCUUAUUUUUAAACCUAUUCCCAAGGGAGUCCAUUUGUAGACAACUGCAAAAAUUGAUAUCACCUCUUACAAGUACAUAAGUGAUUCACAAAACUUAUUUUGACCUAACUUGGAAAACAAACAAAAUAUUUGAGAUCAGUAGGAUAGUUCAAAAUUUAAAUGUCAGUUUCUGGUAAAACAAGAUUAGGAUAAGUUUUGAGAACUUUUAAUAGUGUUUAAGUGCUAGUUUUUACAUUUGAAACCGAAAAUUAGUACUAUUUUGAUUAAAGUUCAACAAUUCAACUACUUAAUUCGUAUGUGUACAUUUAAAUGUGUAAACAUACUUGCAUACCUACCUCAUAACCUACGUUAUGAGCAGUACAUUUAUUGCAUUGUAUGCUUUUACAACUUUGAACUAUAAAUUUAAACCGUACUGAUACACUACACCAAACUCCAAGAACUCACUGUACAUUUUUCAACUGAAAUAGCUUUCCUCUAAUUUAAAUAUUCUUUUUUUUUGUUGGAUUAGCUCUCCUAAUUCCCAUGAAAAGAAGAUUAGAGGCUAUAACACCAUUUAGCUAUAACACCAUAAGCAAAUAAAAUAAUUCUUUUCAAUCGAAUUUGCGUUCACCUUUAAGACAUUCUUAUUAGUGGUCUCUCUUAAUAAAAGAAAAGAUGUUUUAAACUGCUUUUAUUAUAAUUUUUGAUUAAAUACGCUUUGUUUGAAAAUGUGAAGUAAUUUUUUCAAAUAAUAAGAAAAUAAAGGUAAAUAAAUAAAUAUUUCCCAUUGAGCUUCAAUAAAAUAAUAGCUAUACAUUUAAAAUAAAUUACUGCAGAACAGAUGACCCAAACUCAUACUUCAAAAGGAUAAUGCUUUUAUACUUUAUCAAUUAUUAUUUUUAUUAUUAAAAAUUCUAUUUUUUAUUACAAAAAAAAAAUGAAUAAAGUGCCUAAUUUUUACGAAAAUAUUAACUUGAAGAACCAUUUCUAUUACUUAUUUUUUUAAAUUUUAUGAAGUUAUUAACUCCCAACUCUAUUUUAAACAACAACGACGGGGUGUAAACUUUUCCCAAGACAAUGCCAUAAAUACAAUAUAUAAGUAUAGAAUACUGCAAUUCAGUCUUAUAAAUAAGUGCACACAGCAUGCAAUAGAACAAACGUUUAUACUGUUUCUACAUUUAAUAAAUAAAUAAAUACAUGUAAAUACCUAUUUUUUAACAUACCUCACGAUUGUAUAUUUUACUCAAUUCCGUCCGGCUACACAUUCAAAAAGUGUUUCACCGUGAAAAGUUUAUACUUUGUCAUAAAAAGUAGUUUAAACAUUAUUAAUUAAAAGAAUUAACUCUUCAAAGCUAAUCACAAACAAUAAGGUACUAUUAAAAAGAAGAAUUAUGUAUACAUUGUUCAAAAGUAAAAACCUAACAUAUGCCAUUAAACACAACACUAAUACAACAGUUAUUUUUAAUAAAAUUGAAGAACAUUUUAUUUGAUCUUUUAAGAAAAAUAAUUUAUUAAAAACUAUAACUAUAACUUAACCUCUUUCAUAUAUUGAACAUAAUAACUUGAAAUAUAAAUAUUGAUAACUGAAAAAAUAUAUAUAUUUUUAGAAAGUAAUAACUGACAAAACUUUAAAAAGUUAUAUUUGUAGCCCGAAAUAUAACACACGUAUAAGAUAUAUUGAAUAAAUAAUAUACUACAAAAUAUUUUAUAUGAAAAUAUUCAGACAAAAUAAAAAUGAUUCACAAAUAAAGAGUUAAAAAAAAACUACACACUUAUGUUAAAAUAAAAAAAAAAAAUGUUUGGCAAAGUAUAUGAAACAAAACACAAAAUAAUGCAUGGAUGUUUUGAAAUAUUAUAUUGAACAUAUAAUUAUUAUAUAUAUUGAAAAAGUAAUUAUACAAUUAUAUUAUUAUACCUUAA